AUGCAUAAAUUUCAGAACGAAUCUGAAAUGUGUUCGUCAUGCGCCGACUACAUCAAUGAACAGACGCUGUUAAGCGUUAAUUCACAGUAUUGGCAUUCCAAGUGUCUUCGGUGCUCACAAUGUUCCAUACAACUGGAGAAUCACCCGACUUGUUUCAUUAAGGGCGAUAGUAUUUAUUGUAAAAACUGUUAUAAUAGGCAAUUAUCAAUACGGCAGUUUGGUACAAAAUGUUCUUCCUGUCAGCGUAUAAUUCAGCCGACAGAUUGGGUUCGUCGAGCCAGAAGUUUCGUCUACCAUCUCGCUUGUUUUGCCUGUGAUCACUGUAAACGGCAACUUAGCACUGGCGAAGAAUUCGCACUUCAAGAUUGUCGACUGUUGUGUAAACAGCACUAUGUUGAGCUUGUCGAGGGUGACUCCGGUGGGCUUAUUCACUUAAACGCGACUUCCUCUAGACUGAAACCACCUGCUGAUUACAGCAGCGUUUUAGGGCAGCCAAAAACAAAAACUAAACGGGUCCGUACGACGUUUGCGGAAGAGCAGCUUGCAGUACUUCAGACUCAUUUCCAAAUCGACAGUAAUCCAGACGGAGCCGACUUGGAAAGAAUUGCAACCAUGACUGGCUUAAGUAAAAGAGUGACACAAGUUUGGUUCCAGAAUUCUCGUGCUCGUCAGAAGAAAUAUCAGGGAAGCAAGAAGUCACAUAGGUCAAGUAGCGGAAAUGGUCGGUCGUCAACUGACCCAUGUAGCAGCCCAAAGAGUCCAAGUUGUGAUAGCAAUGAUGGCAUGAUAUUCCCGACUUCUGUACUGACAAGUGCCGAAGAUGCAUUAGUGCCUGAACAAACAUCGAAGAGCAUUAUAAAGGCUAAAGAAGACUCUAAUGUAACCCUACAGAGCGGUCCGUUGUAUGACUGA